AUGGAAGUCCAGGAGUUUAAAUGGCCCAAACAGUGGAUUAUUCUGGGAAAGGAUGUGAAGAUGGCUGCAUCACCUGAGAAGAUAUCAAGGGAUGGUACUCAUCAUUCUUCUUCAAACACGAUCAUCUUCUACGAGGACCCAAGCUACCAGGGUCGCAGGUACGAGUGCGACGGCGACUGCACCGACUUCCACUCCUACCUGAGUCGCUGUAACUCGGCUCGAGUGGAGAGCGGGACCUGGGUGAUCUACGAGAGACCGAACUACAUGGGCUACCAGUACGUCCUUGGUAGAGGCGAGUACCCCAACUACCAGAGCUGGAUCGGCCUCAACGAUAGGGUCUGCUCCUGCAAGAUGAUUAACAUCGCCAGUGGAGACCCUUACAAGAUCCAGCUCUAUGUCAAAGGGGACUUUGCCGGUCGGGUGUUCGAGGCGACUGACGACUGCCCCUCCGUGCUGGAGAACUUCCACUGGAGGGAGGUCCACUCCUGCCGGGUCCUGGGAGGCUGGUGGGUCUUCUACGAGCACCCUAACUACAAGGGCCGGCAGUACGUGCUGGAGAAAGGCGAGUACCGCAAGCCGGUGGACUGGGGCGCUGUCUGCCCCACUGUACAGUCUUUCAGAAGGCUAACUGAGUAGCUA